CUCCUCGGGCAAGCCUCUGACGACUCGGAGACAGCCGGAGUAUUCGGUCCAGAAGGAAGAGUCGUCGCCGGCCUCCGACGACUCGACACUGUCCAAACUCGAGACAGCACUCAUCGGACUGAGCCGGCUGGGCCGAUGGCGGGGCCAGGCGCGCUCUGGGAGGCCCUCUGGGCACUCCUGCCCCGCACGAAAGAGGAGCUGAAGCUGGAGCUGGGAGAGAAGGUGGAGGGCAGCGUGGUGCUGCUGCUGCAGGAAGCCGCCGAGCUCUUCUACGGGGACAGGAGGCGAGAGUGUCUGCAGACCUGCGAGGUGCUGCUCGACUACUCCUGGGAGAAGCUGAACACAGGGCCCUGGCAGCACGUGGAGAAGGACUGGCGGCGGGUGUAUGCCUUCAGCUGCCUCCUGAAAGCCGUGUGUCUGUGCGCGCCGCCUGGGGACGCUGCCUCCGUGGCCGCCGCCCUGAAAGCCUGCGACAUGGGCCUGCUGAUGGGGGCGGCCAUCUUCGGGGACAUCCUCCUUAAAGUCACUGCCGUCCUCCAGAAGCACCUGCUCUCUGGAAAAAGGCCCGCCCCCGGCCCGAGCCAGGAGCCGCUCGGCUUAAAGAAAGCAAGGAAUGACCGCGUUCCGAUUCCAGAUACGACGUCAGAAAGAACGGUGCCCCGGCUUCACUGUCCAUCCCUCCAGCAUUUCAGGAAGCAUUUUUUGGAUCCAGGGAGGCCUGUGAUCUUGGAAGGUGUGGCCGACCACUGGCCGUGCAUGAAGAAGUGGAGUCUGGAGUACAUCCAAGAAAUCGCUGGCUGCCGCACCGUCCCGGUAGAGGUCGGUUCCAGGUACACGGAUGAGGAGUGGUCCCAGACGCUCAUGACUGUCAAUGAGUUCAUCAGCAAGUACAUCAGGAAUGAGCCGAAGGACAUCGGGUACCUUGCUCAGCACCAGCUCUUUGACCAGAUCCCGGAGCUGAAGCAGGACAUCAGCAUCCCCGAUUACUGCUGCCUGGGCGCCGGGGAGGAAGAGGAGAUCACCAUCAACGCCUGGUUCGGUCCCCAAGGCACCGUCUCCCCGCUUCACCAGGACCCCCAGCAGAACUUCCUAACCCAGGUGAUGGGCAGGAAGUACAUCCGGCUGUACUCCCCGCAGGAGUCAGAGGCCCUGUACCCUCAUGACACGCACCUUCUUCACAACACGAGCCAGGUUGACGUGGAGAAUCCCGACGUGGAGAGGUUCCCCAGGUUUGCCGAGGCCCCAUUCCUGUCCUGCAUCCUGUCUCCGGGAGAGAUCCUCUUCAUCCCGGUGAAGUACUGGCAUUACGUGCGGGCUCUGGACUUAAGCUUCUCGGUCAGCUUCUGGUGGUCGUAGCCCGAGAGGAGGGUGCCCGGCAAGCAGACGCGCUCGUGGUCACACGUCCUCCGCCCUGUGCCCGGCCCGGCCUGCGCCUGAGGACUGCCUCGCCGGGCACACGCAGGGCGAGGGGUGCCCAGGCCAGUGUGGGCAGCGGAGGGAGGCGGGUGGGACCCCAGAGGGACAGUCCAGGCCCACAACCCGCACAGAAGCUCCUGGGCUCUGAGGUUGGCUGCCUGGAUUCCAGCCUGGCCCUGUCGCUUAAUUGCUGUGUGAUUUGGGGCAAGAAACUGCACUGUGUGUCUCCAUCUGGAAAAUAGGGCAGCGCUAGUCCUCACCACAGAGGGCUCUAGGGAUGCGGUAUAGGCAGAGCUGCGCUGCAAACCUCAGCCGGCUGUCCCCAGUCUUCAUGAUUAUUACUGUUGUAAAUACUGGCCUGUCAGGACAGCCGUGGCCCGCAGGCUCUGGAGUGGGGUGGCCAUGGCCUGGUCACGGGGGUGGGUUCUUAUCGGCUUGCUCAGCUCAGGCCUCUGCUGGGCAGUGGGGAGCCUGGGGCAGUUUCUGUCUUGGUUACUUCAGAGAAGUGCACAGACCCGCUAGCUUGGCGAAUUUUCCGCUCCACACCCUCCCAGCAACCAGUCCCCCAGUCAAGAAACAGAACCACCUGGCAGGCCCCCUCCUGCCCCUUGCUGUCUCCAUCGCCCAGGGGUCACUCCUCUCUGGAAGAGGGUUUUAGGCUAGGAGAGACCCAGGCUUCAGACUUUCCAUAAACACAUUUGUUUUGUUUGUAUAAAACAUGGGUGGUUCUGUUUGAAUUUUGGCCAGGUAAGGAUGCUGGGGGCAGGGGUGUCACAGACCUGCAGGAACAGCUGUGGAGGAGGCCCAGGGCCAUGCCUCUACCUACCAGGCCUCUCUCCCUCCGUGGCCACCUCAUGUCUGCUGGUCUGACCUUGACUUCAGUCUCUUCCCUCUUGUAGCUAGCCUUCUCCCCCGGGGGAGAAGAUGGCCCCAGCAGGUCAACUCCAGAUCCCAGCACCUCAGCCCACAGCUCAGAAACCUCAGGGAAGGUUCUGACCAUUGGGCCUGGGACCUUUGCCCGUUCUGGGGCGAUGCCGUGGGGCAGGGAGUGGCUGCUCUGAUUGGCGGGGCCUGGCUCACAGGCGCCCCCCCCCCCCCGAGUUACUGUGAGAAGGGGGGUGGGAAGCAUUGAUGGGCAGCUGAAACUAGCUACUAACGUCCUCUGUAACCAGGCCAAGGAAUUUGAACCUUAUCACGUAGGUCUUGGGGCUUCAGAGUUUUGAGCAGAGAGAUCAUCAGAAUAUAUGUUUGAUUCUCGGCAGGGAAGAGGAGGGGCUGAUGGUCAAAGCUGCAGGGAGGCUGUGGGUCUGAUGCCGUGGGUGAGCCCAGGCCAGGGCCGGGCGUGGAGGCCGGGCGAAUACGAGAGCUGUUUAGAAAGGAAUCGAGGGCUCUGUGAGCAAUUGCUUGUGAGGUCGUUUAUUCCCCUACCCAGCAUUAUUGAUAGCUAUUCGCCUCAUUUUUCAUAUGAAGAACUUACAGCAAAUAUCAACGCCGCUGAAGGCAGUCAGGCAUAAAAUGGGGAUGCCACCAUGCCCACAGGCUCGCCGUCAGUGAGGAGACGGGCUGCAGACGAGCCGUAAUAACCCCAGGGCUGCCUGCAUAACCCCCACUCCUUCCCCGGCUCCAGCUCCCACGGUGGCCCAGCCUUAGGAGCCCAUCCGUCCCAGCCGGCAGGCCCCACUCCUGCUGAGCCGCUGAUGACGAAGAGCGGUUCAUCUGUAACGCCGUGGUUCUGAAGUUAGGGACUAGAGGAAGCGUUCAUUAAAACAUAUUGAGGCCUGGCCGCCUCGAGCAGGUGUCCCUUGUCAGAUGGGAAGAUGAAAUCUUCAUCUGCUCUCCGGGCAAGGCUCCCGUGUUGCUAGUAUCCCGGCUGGAGGGCUGGCUUCCGCUCUGAGGGGUGUGGACUGAAGGCGGCUUAGAAGAAAGGUGUCGACCAGCUGCUCGUAGGGCCAAGGGGAGGUGCAGGCACCCACCCACCGGAGCUGCAGAGAGGGCUGCUCAACACCCGCGUCCUGUGCCAGGCAGGGCGCGGCAUCGAGCAGGAUGGGCACCCUGCCCUCCUUGUGUUUCGUGCUCUUGGGGGAUCCCGAGAGGAGACGGACAAUAAAAUAAAUAGUGCGGGUAUUGAUAAGUGCUGUGAAGGCAAGAGAACAGGGUGACGGUGGAAUGUGGCCACGGGGGAGGGGCUGGGGACAUGACUUUCAUAGCUGACGUCUGAGUAGGAGCGUGAAGGACCUGGAAUCCAGAACUCACACAGAGACUUGAGGAAGGUGCUCCGAGCAGCAGGUGCAGCAGCCCAAGGCAGGAAAGCCGCGGCCUUGGGAGGGAGGACGGGGCCGGCGCAGCGCGAGCUGAGGGCGCUGAGGGAAGCGGGAGGGCAGCUGGGGUUGGCAGGGCCAGAACUGUGGCAGCAGGGGGAGGGAUGAAGGUGCUGAGCAAGGAGAGACGAGGGCUGAUCACGCUGCCGUGUGAGAAGAGCCCAGAAGGGGGAGACCGGAGGCCGGAAGAGCGGUGAGUGUCCCCGGUCCAGUAAUUCCUGGAGUGACACACUUGGGGCACCAGUGGGAGGGCAGAGCGGUGGGAGACAGGCUGUGCCCGGGGGCAGGCAGGGCCGGACCACAAAGGCCUUGAGUGCCAGGCAAGCGCUCUGGAACCUGGGGUUAGGGCUUUGGUUGGGCCAUGCCAAGGGGUCCUCAGGAAGUUCACGCUGGCGUCACCGCAGGGGAGACUGGCAGCAGGAGGGCAGUGUCCCAGCGUCAGGUGCUCAGAGCUUCCUUGCCACCUGCGUGGUGUGACCCUGCCUGGCCUUGACCGCCCAGCCACCCGCCCAGACAGGCAGGAAGGCCACGACGUGCUGCUCUGCUUUUGGCCCCUGGCCUCCGUUCCCCCUUGUCCGGAACAGCAUUGUGGAGGAUCCCCUUCCUCCCGGGAGUGCAGCCUUGGAGGGUGUGUCAACCCCGAGCCCUUCCUGCACCUGCAUCUUGAGGGCGCGUUGGGAGGACGAACAACAGCUGGAGCUGCUGUGCAGCGGCACCCGUCCCCACCGUGACCGGGGAAUGGGUCUUACCCGCCGGAAUCCCCGAGUCCAGGGUCCAUGUUUUCUAGACCGGUUCUCCUGCCUUGCUGUCAGCAAGCUUCCUCAGACCCUCCCAAGAAACCCCUUUUCUGGGUAAGCUGGCUGGGGCUGGUUUUGGUGGCGUGCCUGGCACACAGCUGCACCCGCCCACCCGCCAGUCGGGGCUCCCACAGGGCUUCACCAAGGCUUGUAUUUGCCUUCAGAAGGCUGGGCCAGGGGCCGGGCUGGCUCACAGCUGAACGCCUCUCGCUGCCUGGGGGUGGGCCUCAGGGCCCAGGCUGGACCUGGGUCCCGCUCCACAGCCGGUUGAUGCAGGUGAAUCGGGCAGAGCGUCCUUGCCUGCACGGGUGGAGGCCGCCCCGCCCUUCGGGCGCCAACGUUCAUUCCCUCUCUCCCUGGUGAUACCGUGUUCAGUUUGCUUAGAGAACCUCCUCACCCACCCACGUGGCUCGGGAGCGGCUGCCCCACUCACGGCUCACAGGUGGCCCAGGCCGAGAGUGCCGAUUGGACUAUCCCACUCUCCCCCACAGGUAUCCAGAUUGGAUGUUUGCUGGGAUGGGGGAGCCACUAGGUGAGACCCGCCCUCUUCCUCCUGAUGGCGGGGCCUGGGUGAGCGAGGCCUGCAAGUAUGGCAGCCAUUUUGCUACCCUGAAGAAAGAGGCUGGAUUUGCUGGAAGACCAUGUUUUAGGUGCCAGCGUGAGGCCAACACUCAUGAUAACAGGGCAGAGACAGAAAUAUGGAUGCUUGGUGACAACACUGGAACCACUAAGUCAAGCCUCUCCUAAAGGACCCCCUCUGGCCAAGUCCUUCCUUGUUUAAGCCACUCUGAGUUGGGUUUGCUGUCAUGACUGAAGGGGUCCUGAUUGAUUCUGGGGCGGAAGGGAGGCGAGACAGGGAGUUAAAAUAGUGUGGCAAGUGUGAUGGUCAGAGACAUGCGGGGAGGUGGGGGACUGGAGUGGAGGUGGUGACAGCCUAACCAAGAUCGAAAGGGUGGACAGGUGUUGCCGACAAGGGUGGGACACACGAGGGGAGGGCAGGCAGGCGGGGGAGACGUGUGUGCAGAGGCCUGGCAGUGAGGAACACGAUGGUUCAUUCAGGGACAGAAAGAAAUGCCGUGCCCUGGAAAGUAAGAGGGGAGAGGGGCUGAGGUACACGGGGCCCCAUCGCGUGGCCCGGGCCUGCGGGCAAGAGCAGUCAGCAGGGGCGCACCAGGCCGCCUGGCACGGUGGGAAGGUGACUCUGCGGGAGAAGCCUGGAGCCGGUGGGCGAUGCCGUUCAGGCCGGUGCAUCUUGGGCCGAGGAGGGUGCAGCCCAGGGGGCCAAGGCCCCCACAAGCCCAAGUCAGGCCAGCCAGUGUGGGUGGGACGGGUGACCACAGCUGGGGACCGAAGGCAAAGCCGCCCUGAGCAAGUGGCCUCGGACGGUGCCGGGCGGGAGGAGCUCUGCCAGCCUCACUCCGCUCCGGAGCCCAAGCUGAGGGGCUCCCAACUCUCAAGUGAGCCCCAGGAAAGAGGGGCACACGACCACAGAUGAGGCCGAGGUGGCUGCUUAUUUAGCAAGUUUAUUCCAAACCUGUUCAGAAGUGAACGUAAAAGAUAAAGGAGGUGAUUCACGUGAAACACGCAACUGAUGCCUCUCUUCCAAACGGGGCGCGCCGGGCACUCCCCUGAAGGCGGCGGCCGGCUAGUGCUGCCUGGACCGCAAGGACCUUUUGUUCGAUUUGGAGAUGCCGGCCUCCCUCUCCUUCUCGGGGUCAAAGACUUCUGUACGCAGAAAAGCCACAAAAUACUGUGAACGGUGUGGCCGGCUGCCAUCCACAGCCAUGUCUGUGUGCCAAGGACUCUGUCCUAUGGGACAUUCUACUCCCCAGGAAGGCAGAAUUAGCCCCAGUUGACAGAUAAACAAACAGAGGGAGCUGGGGACACCGCUUAUACCUCCCCUCCCGAGACAGCUGCCGGGGAGAGAGCCUCGUCUACACCAGACCCUCACGUGCCUCAGGACGUCCACCAGGGUCUAGGGAGCCCUGUGGAACAGGGCAAGCAAGCUGGCCUCCGCUUACUCAGAGCUGCUUCAGCGUGUGCGGCUCAGGUCCUGUGCGCACGUGGCAGCUUUGUUGGAGCACCCCGUCUCCCUGCCCCCCGUGGCCCCUCAGGGCCAGGCACCAGAACUCGGGCACGCUCACAGCCCUGCCAGCCCAGCCGCCCGGAGGCCAGGAGGAGACAGCGGCUUGGGGACACGAACCUGGUAUCUCGUGGGGCCAGUAGUCGUUGCAAUGGGGGCAGCGCGGCUCCGAGUUGGACUGGAAGUACUUGGCCACACAAGGCAAGUGCAUCCUGAUUCCACAGGUCUCGCAGCUUUGACCCUGAAAUGAGAAAGGUGAUGGCCGUGGAGCCACAGCGUGGAACCCACCAUGUUCAUAAACCUUCAGGAAACUGCAAGGAAAACGUCCCGCAGGCUCAGUAUUUUUGUCUUCCAGGCCCCAGAUUAAUAAUAAGAACAACCCGUAAGUCUAACUUAGUGCAGUGGGUUUUAGUAAAGAAUCUGACGAAUGAGCACAUGGGGAAGAAGCUCAAGACUCCAAAGGCCAGAGCGCGGCAGCAGGGGCGGCGGGCCAGGCCCUUGGAGCAGCAAGGCUGAGUCCCAGGCUCCCAGCACGUGUGGGUCCUGCAGUGGGCGUGAGGACGGCCACUUUUCAGAAGGCACUUUAGCAACGUGGAGCAAAGCUUUCAACAGUCGUGUGUGCACUCUGUUCCAGGAAUUCCACUCCCAGGAAUUCAACCCAAGAAAACAACCAGGUGCCCAAGGAUGGACGUGCAAAGAGGCCUAUCCCGGUGUAGGUGACAAUCGCAAAGAGAUAAAAAGGAAACAUCAACACCCGGCACCGGUCCAGCUGCUCUGCUCUGCAGCCCUACAAAUUACACAGGGGAAAACAGAUGACGGGGAAACCAUGGUUGAGACAGAAAGGUGUUCACCACACAGCUGCCGAGAUAAUAUGGACCACACAGAAGACCUCUGAGAGCCUUAUCUGGAAGAAAAGUAGAAAGAGCGCUGGGACGAGAACAGAGGGACCAGGGAGGAGAGGCGGGCCUCCGUGCGCUCACUCAUGCUCGGACACUUCUGAGGAGACGCCCACCUUCUGCUCACGCUCGAGGAAGGCCUGGGGCCCAGAAUGAGAGUUCUAGAAAGUGCCCGCCCCCCGCCCUGCGGUACCUGGAUGAGGAGGCUGUGGCAGAUGGUGCAGACCUUCACGGCGUCGGGGUACGUCUCCCGGAUGUACUGCUCCAUCUCCAGGAUGGCCCGGCCGUGCAGCGUGAACUCCCCUUCCUUCUGCAGGGACACAACAGGAAGUGGCAUCUUUUAUGAAACUGGCACACCUGGCCCUCUUCCCACCCUGUAUCUCUGCUCCCAUGGCCCGAGGCCCAGAAACGGGGAGAGGUCCACACGCCCCUCGCCGCACAGGCUUUCACCAACCCCGGUCAACAGGCAUCCACGCCGGCCUCUUGCAGAGCCUCUAGCGGUGAAAACUUGGACCCCCGCCCCCGCAUCUUCUUAGCGCCUUCCUUGUGCCUUCACAGACAGGAAUCACGGAUCUUGCACGGCAGCCCCACGUGAGGCCUGCCCAGCCCCCCAGAUGAGGACAGAGGCCGUGAAAGGGAGGCAGUGAUCCCACGGCAUGAACUCCACCCCCUACCCAAGCGCCCACUUCCUCCUCUCCUCCCCAGCGCCCCCCACCCCCACCCCCAGGGAGCAGCACAGCAGGUGCCCCCAGCCCUGCUGCCUGGAGCCUCCGAGGGGACCCUCCGUGAUCACUUCCAGCCGCGCCACUUUACAGACAACGCUGGAGACGGUCCAGGGAGGCCCCCAGCGUGGCUGGGUGGCAUGGCUGGUGGGGCGUCCCGGUUCCCCCAACCAGACACGCUGGAAAGCCAGGACGUACAGAAAACCUGGCUGUGGUAACUGCCCUACGGCCGGCUCACAGGGCAGAGGCAGGGGUCACAGAGGCCCACGGACGUUAUUCAUGAAAACCGACUAGUGAAGCGGGAGGUGAACCUCUUAACCAUGUUCGUUCCCCUCCGCUGCCCGCGCUGGGGGAGGAGGAGCUGCCGGUGGGGCUCCUGGGCAAAGGGCACUGAAGGGCCGGUGGGCAGCUGGGGCAGGCCGACGUCGCAGGCCUUGCAGGAGAAGCCGCUACCGGAACCUGCGGCUGCUGGGUCAGCCCAGCGCCCCUUCGCGUCUCUGCUCUUCUCCACCUGACGCCUGCAACAAGCGGGGCCCAUUUCUCCCACUUCACACCCCCUCCCCACCGUAACCCAGCCAGGAAGUGCAUUCACUCUGGGCCUCCAGUGGCAGGUGGGUGACCAGCCAGAGGGAGACAUGGCAAAUGGGUGCAGAGUCAGCAGGAGCGCCGACUACGGGAGCAGGGCGGGCAGGCAGGAUGCAGCCCGAGGACUGUCACAAGUGGACGGAGGCCCAGCACGAGGCACUGGUGUCCCGCGCCACAGGCUGUCGGGCCAGCCAGGAAGCGGACGGGAGCUCUGUGCCCCGCAGGUGCUGGGCACGGGAGGGCGGCCUCCCAGGCUGUCCUGGGUCCUGUGGCUGCUACCUUCUCAAAAGCUCCCAAGUUCGUAACAACGCUCCACCUCCACGGCCACCCUCACCCUCCUAACCGCCCUCUGGGCCCACCCUUGCUCCUCUGCAAGCCUCUCCAGCGACCUGAGCUCUGCGGGGCCCAGCCCUGUGAUGCUCUGCCGUUCUUAGGCUGAAGAACCGAACCCCUUCCUGCCCACCUCCAGGCUCACCUCGUCCCCUCUUCCAGAGCGCUCAGCCAUAGCUCCUUGCGCCCACCAUGCCCACUCGGGCACAGGCUGCUCCUUCUGCCCUGGACCAUGGUCCCCACCCCCCGUCCAGGUGCCUCCUAUCUAGCCCUCAGCUGAGUGUCACUUCCUCUGCAGAGGGCAGGUUGCUCUGUUAGCGCUGUGGCCCUUGCAUCGAUCCCAAGGAGGAACGCCCAAAGCUGGGGUGAGCAAGUUCAAGUUCAGAGUCAGGCUCGAGUUGCAGUUACUAAACGUCUUCUAGCUGCCUGAAACUGCCCGGUGCUUGCUGUUCAUGACGCCACUCAUCCUCGGGGCCCCGUCACCGGGACAGGCGGCCUGCCCUGGAUCUCCAAGGAAGACCCAAACCCAAGUGACCUCCCAGGCCUCACAGCCAUCCUUUGAGCUGGGCUCUUGCAGCGGGGACUGGUGCCGAGGGUGCGCAGAGACGCAGCUGCCAGCAGACACCCAAGCUCCAAGGAUCCACGCCUUCUCCGAGGCCGCCUCCAUAUCUUGGGGCCUCGCCUGCUGACCCUGACCACCCUCCAGGCCAGGGCCCCCUGAGGGGCUGCACAGGUGCCUCAGCACCUCCGUACCCUGUGCAAGGCCAGGGCGGAGCCUUGCGCAGGGUACCAGGCAGGGCUCUCCAGGUACUUUCGUAACAAAGUGCCACCAGGUGACAUUCCCCCACAGCAUGGCUUCUGAGGAAAGUCCCGUUUCUGAGAGGCUGAGGAUGAGACUCAGACAUGGUCCCUCCGGUCAAGGUGCUGCCCCAGGAAGGCUGGUCGGGGGGACUGGCCAGCACUCACCUGGCAGCCCCUCAGCUGUUCCUCGCAAGUGCCACAGAACUCACGGCCACGCCAUGCUGACCACUUCAGAAAGCACCCUGCCCUCGUGACAAAAACACCUGCGCGCCACCACCGUCCUCACCCUUCAGACAGGAAACGGGCUCAGAGGCGAGAAGCCACUGCCAGAGGUACAGGCACGGCCGGAGGAGGACCCUGGGGGUGUCUCACCACCAUGCCCCCCACCUCCUCCCGGGUCUGUUCCUUUGUCCACACGAGGCCGGAGGAGUCAGGCAGCAAGGGGGCUCCCCGGAGGCCCUCGGGGCUGCAGAGGCCAGUGCUCAGGGAACCCCCAGCCCUGGGAGGACGCACCAGCGUCUCCACUUCACUGAGGAAGAAGCAGAGAGCAUGGGAGGCAGGGCCCAAGGCAAGUCCAGUGGAUCCCAGAGGCGUUCUUUCCUUCUGUCGUCCCUGCUCUGGGCAGCAGAGCAUCAGUCCCGAUAAAGUCGGGCACACAGCCCUGCACUGUGGUGGGACAGCACCUGCAUGUGCUAGACACACACGACCACCCUGGGGCCCAAAGCCGGGCACAGAGGCUGCGCCUGGGCAGCGGAGGGUGAGCUUCGGGGGAUAUGACGGGUGUUCGUAUCAACAAGGUCCCGUAUGAAUACUGGUAUUUCCUAAUCUACGAGGAUUUCUUGUAUUAUUUUGGGGGUAAGCUUGAGAUAAAUGCUGUUCCUCUGGAACUUCCUCUACCCACCCAGUCACCGUUCAGGAAGUAGUACCUCCAGGAGUGAUGAAGUACAACGAUGAAAUAACAGUCCCCGCCCUUAGAAAGCCUGGCCCGAGGACGGAGCAUGGUCAGUUACGACCCGAGCUGCCCGAGAACAUUCCAUAUUGCCAAAUCCACCCCAGAGAGGAAGAAAAACUGUGACAAAGCAAUUGAUGGGGACCUGCAGUCACCCAAGCUGGGGCCUGAACAUGCUCUGCCUCUUGCCGGGUGUGGGACUUCACCCAGAUCACGGAGCUGCAGUGGGCUCAGCUACAAAACAUAGCUAAGGGGCUCCCCGCCCUCACAGGGGGGCUGGGAGGACCCAAGCACAUGCUGCGCAGACACGCCCAGAGAUGCUGGCACCCACUAGCAGCUCCCCGCCGCUGUGGCCUCUUCAGACAUUUCCUCCCAUCAGGCAAGUACCUCAGGCACUGAAUGUUUCUGGUCAGACUACCAGGGCCGGCUCACCCUCUGAGAUCAGUAACUCAGAACACUGUCGCCAGGACUCCAGAGGUGAGCUCCACCCCAAAAGGAAGUGAAGCAUCAUGUCACCACAGCAGCGGCCUCCAGCCAAGGGGCUGACCGCCAAAUGAGGAAGCUGAGGGACUAUCUCAGCACGUCCUGCCCAGACACUGGCCCCCGAGGGGCAGGGCUGUGGUGCACGAGGCAGCGCUGAGCCUGUCUGACUCGGGUUUCUUAGAAACGGUGGUGCAUUUGUGGAAAAAGAACUGAAACAUCUGACUGCUCCAGCCAACAGAAUUAGACACAGGGCGUCGAGAAACUUAAACCUCUCACAGAUUCCUACAGCCCCUCUCCAAACGCUUGUCUACACGUCCUCUUUGCUCUUUAAGGGCCACCAUCUAAGUGAAAGAGCCCAACAGCGCUGGCCCUGGAUAAUACGACGCUGACAGCGAUAACCACGACAGGGACGGUGACUCCUGUGGGGGCCCAGCGCUGGGACCCGACACACACCGGCUCGCCCCGCGCCUCACACACCCGGAGGUGCACGCUAUCACCCCCCUCUCACAGGAACGCAGGGGCACCUGCACCGGGGUUCAGGCCCAGGGCUGACGCUAGCACCGUGCUCCUGCCCGCCAUACUACAUGACCUGCCUGGGGAGCAGAGUCUGGGGCCCACGGCUCUGCCACUUCCAGCUGGGGCUCCCCCACUUCCAGCUGGUGCUCCCCCAGGUCACGUGAAUGAACAGGAGGUUCCAGUCGUCCUUGCAGGGUCACUGUGGGCCUCAAAGCAGAGAAGGGACCCGAACGGGCCUGGCUCAACAGACAUCCAUUAGAUACAAUAUGGUUCUGGAGGAAAAACUGUGAUGCAUUCUAAAAAGUGAGCCAAGCUGGAAAACCCACGGCACGAAGUACCUCAAUCAGCCAUUUGUUUUGUACGAACUUCUGCAGCACAUGCUCGGCUUCCUUCUUCCUCAUCUUCUUGCCUUUAAGCUGAUCAACCAGGUUCAAAAUAUUUGUGGAAGAUGCAAAGCCAGUUUCCGAGUCAAUAAUCAGUUCCAACUGGAAGAAAUAGAUAACCACAUUCAUCUAUUAAAUUGGCAAAAACAACUUUCAAGCAAUAAUACCAAUUUCUGGCAGGGGUGCAGUGAAACUAUGCAUAUCACAGGCAGAACUGCAGGACUCUUCAGGAAAAUAACUUAAUAAUAUGCAUCCAAAGCCAUGAACAGUUUUGACCCAAGAGUCUCUCCUGUAACACCAUCCCAAAUGAAUGACCUUAAUGCCCCCCAAAUCAAGAAGGGUCACUUCACCUCCCUGAAGGUGGAGAAGCUGAGGAAUGAAUGAAUAAGGAAAUGGGGCGGCACCCCUCCUACUCAAAGGUGGACGCAGGGCCGGGAGAGGCUGGCCGGCCAACUGCCCUAACACUUCUGCCCACAGCAGGGCACAGCCGCUGGGAAGACAGGUUUCCUGCACACAUAGGUGUGUCCGGCAUCUUAGAGCCCAAUUCUCAACCUCGGCUGCUGAUCGUCCCCAGAGGAGGCUUAGAAAGGAAGGAUUCCAGGACUCGGUCCUCAGAGACUUGGACUCGACAGACCUGACCUGAGGCCAGAAUGUCUGCGUUGUUUUUACCUCCCCAGUUACUACGGUGCAGCCAGAGCUGAGAAGCACUGUCUCGACCAGGCACUCAGCCCGGUGAGUGACAAGGUGGCUGAGUGAGCAGCUCCAAAGCCGGGCAGGCAGAGCAGCGCUUCACAAACGUGCCUGUGCAAACGGAUCGGGGGCACCUUCUUAGAAUGCAGUCUGGGUGGGGACUGGGAUUCGGCCUUUCUAGCAAGCUCCCGGGCGACGCUGCCGCGGUACCAGGCACUGACACCUGCUCACCUGCCUCACCCACCCAGGAGGCCCACUGUUGCUCAACCAGCUGGGGUCAAACCCGGACCAGCCUUUCUUUCCUAGGCAGCCGUGGCGACCUCCCCAGCAAUCACCUGGCAGCUGUGAAUUCUGGGCGAGGUGCUCGGUGACAUCCCUCUGCAAAGGGCUUUCUCAGGCAGCACUGGUGACCCUCUAAGAUUGCAGUUUCCAUUUCCAGUGAAAGACAGGAAUUCCCACAAGAAGCCCAGCUGCUGGGCAAUGGGAGCUACUGUACUUACAGCCUUUCUAAACAGAUCCAGCUCAUUCUCUGCAAAGUCUGAAGCCAUUUUAGAAAUUGAAGUUGUUGCAAGAUUCACCUAAAAAAUAAGUCAGCGUGAGGGUCAGGUUGUGCCCUUCACUUGUCAGUUAAUUCACUUGUUGGCGCUCUCUCCCUCCCCGCCUCCCUCCCUGCCUUGCCAAGUCACGGAGCACCUGUGUCCCGGCACUGUGGGCCACAGGAAUAAAUUUGUAACCGGUCUUAUGUUACAGGCUUAAACCUGUAGCUCAGUCAGUAUGUCUAAUUUUCAGAGAUUUUAGAAUUCCCAAGAUUGUGUGGUAUCUUCCAAACUCAGAUAAAUUCAGGAAACUUGUCUGCGUGCUAACGGAGCUUCAAAUGCAAAAGGCACUGGGAAGUCUAGCAGUAAAUAAAUCUGAUUUACCGAUUUGA